AUGGCUCAGUUCACGCACGGCAUUUCCGCGCUGGACGUGACGCCAGCGUCGGCGCUCAGUGCGCCCGUGUGGCUACUGGGCCGUCGCUUUAACGACGUGGCCGCAACGGAUUUCGACGCGUACAAACGCGCGUUUGAAUCCAUUCUGUGGUUCACCUACCGCCGGGAUUUUGUACCCAUGACGCCCUAUGAGUUCUCUAGCGAUGCGGGGUGGGGGUGUAUGCUGCGCUCGGCGCAAAUGUUGCUGGGCCAGGCGCUGCAGCGGCACUAUAAUGGACGACUGCCAGCGCCGAUGGCAGCAGAGGCGGACGUCGAUAGACUGUCGACAGAGAGCGGAAAGUUGCCGAAAACAUAUGUGCAACUGUUGACGUGGUUUGCUGAUGCUCCCGAUGCUGCGUGUCGCUACUCGAUUCAUCGUAUGGUACAGAUGGGAAUGCACUACGACAAGCUUCCGGGCGAGUGGUACGGACCGACUACCGCAGCGCAAGUGCUACGAGAUUUGGUGAAUCGGUAUCGAAAGGAUUGUGGCGAGACCGUGGUCAUGUAUGUGCCGCAAGAAGGUGUCGUGUAUCGGGACGACGUGACGCGACUCUGUGUGUCGCACUUGGAAGAGGAAUCUGUGGCGACAAGAGAGAUAGAAUCGCAUGACGGGCCGGCGUUUUUUGACCCGUUGCUCCAUCCGCCAACAGUUGACGACUGUCGAGAGUGGAGCACAGCGUUGCUAAUUUUGAUUCCACUACGACUGGGACUGGACCAGUUGAACGAGCGUUACGUGCCGGCGUUGGAGAAAACGUUUACGUUCCCGCAGAGUGUAGGGAUUAUCGGCGGCAAAAAGGGGCACUCGGUUUACUUUGUUGGUACGCAGCAAAAUCAGCUGCAUUUGUUAGACCCUCAUGAUGUUCACCCUGCGCCGGAGCUCAAUGCUGCAUUUCCUACUGCGACUCAUUUGCGCACGGUUCAUUCCUCACGCCCGCUGGUAAUGGACGUGCACUCGAUCGAUCCGUCGCUGGCGCUUGGGUUUUUGUGCGAGAAUCGCGCUGAUUACGAAGACUUUGAGCGUCGUGUCCGCAUUCUCCACGACGAAGUAAAAGCUAAUGGUGACAUGUGCCCCUUUUCAGUUGCCGCUUGUAGGCCUGACUACGCAGCAAACGGCAACGAUUUCUUGAUACCAGAUUGCCUUUCAGGCGACGACAUGAACGACGACGAGCUUGAAAGCUCCAACAGCUUCGUUGCAGGCGGAGACGAUGACGAUGAUUACGUGCUUUUGUGA